AUGAAUGCCUUCUCGCAUUUCUUUCGUGCUGAGGCUCAGGCUAGUAAGUCUCCCGCUAGACAACUUCCCCUGUCGCGGCCCUCUUAUUCACCUGCCUCUCGCCUUGUAGAGGAACUAGCUAUUAAAAAAGAGGCAUACACUUUCGCUGCCCAGGUCAAAGCAGACCGCGAAAAGGAGUUCUCCAGCCGGACCCAGCGCAACCGUCACCUCAUGCUAGACAAUCGGGGCCAACAGCGUGUCAGAAACCACCAACCUCAUACCCCUGCAACUAGGCAACCUGCCCCUAUUCCCAGGAUAGCUUCUCAGAUCAUCACGGAUGCCAUCAACACCCCUGUCAACGAUCCUAUCCCCAUCCCUCCUAUUAUCACUUCGACCAUAGAUUCUGGUCCUGAUGUCCUCAACAUCAUUGCGAGAUCCAAAGAACUUGAUAGGAGUAAUAGCACUCACCUCAAUGGUGUUGCUAAUGAGGAUCUCUUCGCCACCAUGAACUUGAUGGGCAUUACCUCAACUAGCUAG